AUGGCCGACGACGCUUGGAUGGCUGAAUUGGAUGAUUAUAUCAUGUUAAGCGUCGAGUCCGACUCAUGGGUCAACGGAGGCUUCUACUACAUCUUCGAUGUCGCCCUCCGUAAACUACUCAGGUACUUGUUUUUACCUUACAAGACAAGCUUCGUACGAUGCCUUCAACAAAUCCAAACCGCGCUGUGGCUACCGGACAGCAUACGAAUCACAAGCGACGUCGGAGACGGUAUGACUGAUAGCUUCUGCGUGGGGGGCAUCGCGUGUCUAUUUAUCAUCAGCUUUAUCUUCUUCAUGCUGUUAGCAAUGUCCACAUGCAUCAAGGACUCCCGCGUCACUAUCUCAGAAGCAUUCUUUGCCCUUGAAAUUUGCUUGGGAUUGUGGUGGGUAUGGGGCAUCAUGGAACGCUGGAUGUUGGAAGUCGGCCAAGGGGAUGUCCGGAUGAGGCAUCAUUUCUGGAGAUAG